AAGCUCCUCUCGUGUGGCACUAAUUGAAGUGACUGGUGGAAGGGGGUGUUGCGAGCACACUUGUGCUGAUCUGCCAGGGUCUAAGCCAAGGGAGGAAGAGAGGAUAGAACGGGUAGAAGGGAGGAAAGAGGAAGGAAAAAAAAAAAAAAAAAAAAAAAGGAGGGGAAGAAAAAAAAAAAAGAAAAAAAAAAGCCGGUCUUUGCCUCGCUCCGGCAGAGCGGACGGCUGCGACGGCUGCCGGCCAUCUGUCCGCGCAGGGCGGCUCGGCGGGAGCUGCGCCGGGGAGGCGGGAGCGGAGCCGCUCCGCAGGUUGAUUAAGUGAAUAGAAGAAAAAAAAAAAAGAAAAAAAACGAAGCUACUUUCAAGUAUUGAAGACACAAGGCCAGGAUGAACACGAAGGACGGAAAAGUGUCUGAAGGAGGUCUCAAUGUCACUCUUACCAUACGCCUUCUUAUGCAUGGCAAGGAGGUUGGAAGCAUUAUCGGAAAGAAAGGUGAGACAGUGAAGAAGAUGAGGGAGGAGAGUGGUGCUCGAAUCAAUAUUUCAGAAGGCACUUGUCCAGAGAGAAUUGUGACAAUAACAGGCCCAACAGAUGCAAUUUUUAAAGCUUUUUCUAUGAUUGCACUAAAAUUUGAAGAGGACAUCAACGCUUCGAUGACAAACAGCUCGGUGACAAGCAAACCACCCGUAACACUGCGGCUCGUGGUCCCAGCAAGUCAGUGUGGAUCCCUCAUAGGAAAAGGAGGUUCCAAAAUCAAAGAAAUCAGGGAGUCCACAGGAGCCCAGGUGCAGGUGGCAGGGGACAUGCUGCCCAACUCGACGGAGCGUGCGGUGACCAUAUCCGGCACUCCUGACGCCAUCAUCCAGUGUGUGAAGCAGAUCUGCGUGGUGAUGCUGGAGUCCCCACCCAAAGGUGCCACCAUCCCCUACCGUCCCAAACCUGCCUCUGCACCUAUCAUUUUUGCAGGUGGCCAGGUAAGAGCAGACACCAUUUUGGCUUCAGCUGGAAACCACACCGUCCUGGCCCAGCCUCAGCCAGCGCCUGCAUUCACGAUUCAGGGGCAGUAUGCCAUCCCUCAUCCAGACGUGAGUCCAACACAUUUGACCAAGCUUCACCAGUUGGCUAUGCAGCAUCCCCCCUUUACUCCCCUUGGGCAGACCACCCCUGGUUUCCCUGGACUGGAUGCCACUACUCCAACCAGUUCCCAUGAACUUACUAUUCCCAAUGAUUUAAUAGGCUGCAUUAUUGGCAGACAAGGCAGUAAGAUAAAUGAAAUCAGGCAGAUGUCAGGAGCGCAGAUCAAGAUUGCUAAUGCCACAGAAGGCUCCGCAGAACGACAAGUUACAAUCACAGGAUCCCCUGCAAACAUCAGCUUAGCACAGUACCUCAUUAAUGCAAGCUUAGAGAUGGCUAAAGUCAGCACCCAGACCGCUUCCGUCACGACCCCUGUUGACCUCAACAUGAACCUCUCUCAGUCUGCCACCCCUACCUCCACCCCCACCUCCAUGGCCGUGCUGGCGGCCGCCUCCGCCGCUACCGUCAGUACCCCCCCUCCCCUACCAACUCUGCCAACCACCCACUAUGCCGUUCCUGUCUCCAGUCUGCUUGGCAUGAAAACUGUCCCACUCCUGGCACUAAAUGCCGCGGCCGCCGCGGGGGCCACGGGGAGUUUGUCCGCUUACACUGCCAAAAUUCCUUCGACGAGCGGGGUUAAGAAAUCUGACCGCCAGAAGUUUGCUCCAUAUUGAAGGGAUGAGACACAAUGCAAGCUUUGCCAGCUCUGCCAAGUCUGUGGUAGAUCCUAGUUAUCAAGGAAACAAUACGGCAUCUUUUAUUUUCUGUUCAAUUGCUAGUGUUGUUAACUGUUGCCGACUCAAGUCGUCUUCCGCUCUCCAUAACACCUAACACCAGGCACCACCUACCAACUAGUUCCAACAGCCAGCAGGUGCCAGCCCGGGCUCCUUCUCCCCGGACACCGUCCUUCCGACGGGGCUGCGCCCAGGGCUGGCCCUCGGCAGCCCCACAGCAAGGCAGGGCUGCCCCCAGCCCAGCAAGGGAGAUAGAGUGAAGAGAAGGGAAAAAACCUAAAUGAGGCCAAAUGGGGACAGCCGACCCUGCUCUGGCAAUGCUGCCCGGCAUAAAAAUACACUUAGAUCCAAUUGCAGGGAUCCCUCCAAAUGCAGAACAAUUCCUUAUGGCAAACUGGCAUCUCUGAUGCAUUUUUUCUAUUGCUAGAACAUGCAAAUCUGGCACUUCUGAUGAUCAGUGCCACUGCAAUGCCCUGUGAAGUGCUGCUGGCCCCCUCAGUCAUUCUGCUGCUCCCAAAAGGCCUGGAGACCCCCAUCCCCCAUCCCAAAAUCCGCCUACAAGCAGGAGAUGGUGGUUAGGAAGUACCAACUUCAGGUACUUGUGCAUACAACAAAUGAAGCUUUCUGGUCUGAGAAAAACUGCUAAAUUAAAAUUACUGUAAAACAGUAAGGAAAAAAUACCAGGUACCUGUGCCUUUCCAGAUGAUUCCUUUAGAGGGUGCAACCAUUUUUCUCCACUUUGGAAAAACAUCAUUUUAAGAACUCUGCUUUAGGGAGGGAGAGAGAGAGAGCAGGCUCCCCUUUUGCACUCAGAUGUUUUACAUAUACUGACACAGUACUUAUUCCUGUAAGUACUUCAGAGCAAGUACAAGCCAGAUGCUGUCACUAUCUUGUAUUUCCUCUUGUGUAUGUUUUAUUCGGCCAAAAUGACCAUUUUUUGUUAGGUUUCUCUACAAAAUACAUCCCUGUUUAACUCCCCACUAAUCAUGCCGUCAGGUUGUAUGGUAAUCAUGAAAAACGUAGCAUUUUAGAGGUCAUUCAAAGGCUGCUGCCUGGACAGAUCCCAUCGCUUUACCAAGCACUUCAGGAUGUUCAGAUUAACUAAAACGAGACAGGUAAUGGCAGCCAAAGCCAAGAGAGCUGAGGAAUGGAGUGGCUGGUUGCCAGCUGUUGGAACUAGUUCUUAACUGCAUUUUAUGUUUGUCCAUCCACCUUCUUUUUAAUUUCUGUUGCAUAACUCAGUAAUGCAAUAUUGUUUUCCUCACCACUUCCAAAUCCAGAAUCCCAUUAGCCUGCCAUGUUCAUCCACUCUGCACUCCUUGGACACAAAGCUUUAACAAUUGAACUGUAUUCAGUGCAUUUUAAUAUAAACUAAAAACACAAUGCAAAUGCAAUACUUUUUAAAACAUGGUAUUUCAAAGUGUGUUAUUGUAUAGGGCUAAGUACUAUCUCAGUAUUUUGUGUCAUUUCUGUAUUCUGUGGGCUUUUCUUCACCUUAGCACCUUUGCACUAAGUUUUGUCACUGUAACCAUUUGUAGAACUGCCAUUGUUACAAUUUGCACUUAUCCAAAUGGGGUUUUUGGUUGGUUGUGUUGAGGUUUUUUUGGUUUUGUGGGGUUUUUUUGUUCGUUUGUGGCUUCUUUUUUUUUUCUCUUCUCUUUUUUCUGGGUGCAUAUAAUGAAGGAAAAACUGGGAAUAAUGUCAAGGUACCACAGCUAUUUAAAAGCUCUAGAAAACUGCUGUAAAAUUGUUCUGGAUUAUUGUAACUGUUUCAAUAAUUGACAUUUAAGAAAAAAAAAAUCCACCAACCUCUGUGUGAGAAAACUUGCCUGCACUGAAAUGCUGUUCUAUGCUGGUUGUACUCAAGUGGUAUUUUUUUAAUAGUGAGAAGAUUUUUUUUCUUCUUUUUUUUUGCCUUUUUUUUUCCUUUUCUUUUCCUCGUUUUUGUUCCUACAUUUUAGGCUGUCUUCAGAAGUUACUGGCCUGGGGGCUCUGUAAUGUAUCUCAUCAUGCCCUAGUGCAUUAGCCACCAGACAGGACUUUUCCAAAGCCCCAUGAGACAAUGCUUUCUAUGGACUAAUCUACAGAGGAUUUUCUGCCAUUUCUAACUUUCUUAUUAUUCUGAGACAUCAAAAGAAAACACUUCCUUUACUCUUUAAGCAACUGUGCUUCCUAACUCUUGUGUUGCUUUCAUUACUGUUCCAGUUUUAACACUGUUGUGGCUCAUAACAUACAGCAGAGACAAGUUAUUUUCGGGGGUUGAUUUUCAUUGAUGUUCAUGCUUUGGCUAAUCUGUAUAAAAGCAUGGGCCGUUAGUGUUCUAAACCACUGUAUUAUUCAGCUAGAGACUCAACAGUAAGUUAAAUGAGACGUUUUUAUAAAUAAAUUUUUUUCCUGAUUAAAAAACAAACAAAAAAGACGUGGUAGCUUUGUGCAUACAACUGUUGUGUUGUUUAAACUUUGUUCUUUGUAACCGAGUUGCUAACUUGUCAUUGAAGAAGCAUUAUUUUAUGGAUUGUCAAACUAAGGUCACAGACAAAUUGCUUGUUUUCAAUUAAUGAUUAAAGGUUUCAUAUCAUCACGCUUAAGGUCCCAGUGCUCAUUGGGAAACAGUGUAACAUCUGUGCAAGACUGGAAACCUUAGUAAGGAUGUUAGCCCAUUGUCAGGCAUGAUGAGUCUCUUCAGGACUAGAGGGAGCCAGAUUGUGCAAUUAGUAGAGUCAGCAGUAUUUCUACAAAACUUGGUUCGGUUUUUAACAAAGCUGCUCAUUGAGAACUUCUCACACUGCACAGAAAAGACAAAUUUGGCUUCAUGUUACAAGCAGCCACUGAUUAGUAUCUCUGGUCUUUUCCCAGACUGAGCUAUAGACCAGAUACUGGGAAAAGGAAAACAGGAACAAAAGAAUCAGCUUGGAUGCUGAGUACUGUAUUACUGAGGCCCUUCGUAAUACAUUCCCAGCAGCACUGCCCAGUGGCGAGGCUUCCAGUCAGCACCUUCCACCCUGCCAGGAGCCAGCCCAGCCGCUGGGAGGAGCACAGUAAUGUGCAGUAGGAUAGGGAAUGGAGAGCUGAGCAGGCCCAGGAGCUGUCUCCUGCUGCCCUGACACUCUGCUCCAGCCGUUCAAACCCUCCUUUGGAUCUGCUGAAGCACUGCAGUCACAGCCCUGAUUCUCUCUUCACACACAAGCAAAAGGAAGGGGCUGGCCCCAAGCUGUUGCUGCCUUGCAGCAUCCCUGGCGGUGCUCUGGCCACCUCUGCUCUUAGGGCACUGGCAGUACUGUCACAAGUACUGCUCUGGCCUCAUGAGAAAGCAGCUUUUGUGGCAGUGCAAGAGCAGCAUUCUUAAUGACACAAAACUGUACAACCUCCAUCUCCCUACUCUGUUAAAGGUCUCUACCUGCCUUCAGGCACUGAGCUUGGGGUCCUGCUUCCCCUCCCUGCCCCCGUUAUUCUCCGUGGUCUCCAGGGUACGGACAGCUCUCCAGUGCCCAGAACCAGGGCAUGACCAGGACAUGCAUGCAGACUUGAGACCUGUAGAAAUCAACAGCUUUCUCAAUACAGAUGCAGCUACAGAACAACCCCUGAUGCUGGAGGGUGCCAAGGGGCACCCUUACAGAACAGCUCACUGCACCCCAGCACCCAGGAGACCAAUGUUGACAAUUAGCUAUUCCAACUCUGAGAAAAACUAUAGGCUGUAAUACUAAUUUGAUAAAGUUCACUGUUAUUAUUACUUAAAAUACAUUUUUAUUACUUAAAAUGUAUUUAACUUCUCAUUCUUGAAAGGAGAGUUGAAGCUGCUUUCACAGCAGAGAUCUCCAUAAGUCUUCAUUUCUUCAACAGCAAAAGCUAUUUCUAUGGCUAGCCUGGCUACUGUAAAUGAAAAUAUAUAUAUAUUAUUGCAGCUCAACACUAAGUAGGUCAAAGCUUUGCUCUCCCAGUAAAGCUGCCAGGCAAAGGGCAGCAGCAGCUCUGGGGUAUAUAGUAUCUCUCACAUUAAUAAUUCACAUGUGGCUUGCAGAAUUGAAAGAUUUAAACAAACUAGUGCAGGGGCAUGUUUGUGUGAGGAAUGAGGAGAGGUGAAAUAAAGACACGUAUACUACGAAGGAAGCAUUCUGAGAGGGUUUUUGCAAAAAUACAGGCAGAAAUGUGAUAAAAUCUAAGCUUGUUUUAAUUUCAUUAGGUUAGUUGGAAAACAUUUCUGAAUGGCAAGAAAAAGCUCCUAAUAUCUUCAAUAUAUAAAACAAGCAAACCAAAGACAAGAUGGUAAAGAAAAAGAGGGAAAAAGGGUAAAGAAUAAUAGUAAGAAAAGUAGAAAUAGAGAAGUAAACCACUCAUGGCCAAAGGUAGAUAAGAGGAAGUAUGUACUCGCUGUGAAAAGGUCACUGCCCACACAAAUGUGAGUUUCCAGAUGAAAGACAGCACAAAUUCCACAGCUUUUGCGUCAUCAAAUUGGAAUUAGGUUUCUGGAAACAUCUCAAAUGAAUUCAAGCAGCUCUGUUGUGUUUCUCAAGUGAAAAAACACUGACAGCAUGAAUGCUAGCUGAAACCAGAAGGAAAAUAAACAAAGUUAGUCCUCUGCUAAUACCGAGUGGUUUCUGUUCUCAGGCAUAGCCAGAGGGCAUCUGUGGACCCCAAGGUUCACAUUUGGGGCAGUCCUAGGAAGCAGCACAGUCUCACUGGUGCCAUGAACAGAGGCACCUGGGAAGUGCCUCAGCCUCGGAAGGCUGCACAGGCAAGGUGCUGUUUGUCAGGUUUCACAAGACAGUCUGAAAAUCCAAUUUCUUCCACAGCCUUAAUACCAGCUGAAUGUA